AUGGUGCUUACUGGCAACAAUCCCGCUUUGAUCAAGACUCCUAUUACACGAUUGUCCACCGAAUUUGCCAUGAAAGAUUUGGGUUCUCUACACUAUUCCCUUGGUGUCGAAGUUCAACCUAAUUCUCAAGGCUUAUUUCUUAGCCAAACCAAGUAUGCUCUUGAUCUACUACAGCGUGCUGACAUGGUUGAUGCCAAAACCAUUACCACUCCCUUUGUAGUUGGACACCAUCUCUCUACCGAAGGGAAGCUCUUCUCGGAUCCCACCCUUUUCCGGUCUCUUGUUGGAGCUCUACAGUAUUUGACAAUUACUCGGCCUGAUCUCUCAUUUAGUGUCAAUUCCAUUUGCCAGUACAUGCAUGCUCCAACUGAAGAUCACUUUCGCGCACUCAAACGCAUAUUGAGUUAUGUUAAAGGCACGGUCCAUCAUGGUCUACAGCUCCCCCACACUUCCUCCCGUGAGUUACUUGCUUAUUUUGAUGCUGAUUGGGCAAGUUGUCCUGAUACACGUCAGUCUACCACCAGCUAUGUUAUCUUCUUAGGUGCCAAUCUUGUUUCUUGGUGUUCCAAGAAACAAUCCACUGUUUCUCGCUCUAGUGCCGAAGCUGAGUAUUGA